CCCUCACUGGAUGUGCGAUGAAAGGGGGCGGAUCUGCCUGAUAGUAGCCAUGGUAGCUUCACAGACGACCUCUAGCUGACAGUGUACAGAACCUCCAUGCCAGCAUUGUAUGAGUGUAUGAUCUGAGGGCCACACCAUGCUAGUCUAUCUGAGUAAGAAGAUUGCUAUCCCUAAUGACUCUGCCCUGGCAACCAUCUCAUGGCACAGUAGCAAGGGUUGGAUAGCGUGUGGUGGGGAGGAUGGACUACUCAAGGUACUACAACUGGAGACACUGGCCUCCAAGGAUGCUAAACUCAAGGGUCUUGCUGCCCCUAGUAACCUCUCCAUGAACCAGACCCUCGAGGGACACAACGGAGGGUCCUUGUAUGUGGUGACGUGGAAUGAGACUCACGACCGCCUCACCUCCAGUGAUCAGAAUGGACUCAUCAUCGUGUGGAUGCUCUACAAGGGACUCUGGUACGAGGAGAUGAUCAACAACAGAAACAAGAGCAUUGUACGAGACAUGUGUUGGAACAAAGAGGGCUCCAAGAUAUGCAUCGUUUAUGAGGAUGGUGCAGUGAUAGUCGGUGGUGUGGAUGGUAACAGACUCUGGGGUAAGGAGAUCAAGGGAAUGACACUCACCAAUGUCCAAUGGUCUCCAGAGGGUAAGGUCAUCCUCUUUGGUAACAGCAAGGGAGAGGUACACAUCUACGACAGUCAUGGCAGCUUCAAUUCUAAGAUGAUGAUUCACUGCUUGAGCAAUGUAACUGGACUGGUGAAGCUGGUGGGAGUGGAGUGGUACAAUGGGAGCUCUGGCUAUGUGGAGCCCAACUGUCCCUGUCUGGCCAUCGUGUAUGACAAUGGCCGUGCCGAGCUUAAGAGACACGAACUAGACCACAACCCUAUUCUGGUAGAGACCAACAUGACGAAGGUAACGUGUGUGAGAUGGAACCGCUGUGGGGCAAUCCUAGCCUUUGCUGGGGCUCAGCGUUUCCAGGACGGCAAAGAGCUCUCCUGUGUGCAGUUCUACAGCACAUUUGGACAGCACCUGCAUACUCUCAAGGUCCCUGGUCGCCAGCUAUCUGGGCUGACGUGGGAGGGGACUGGACUCCGUGUAGCAUUGGCUGUGGGAUCAUUCAUCUAUUUUGCCAAUAUUCGUCAUGACUACCAGUGGGGCUACUUCUCUGACACUCUGGUCUACUCAUUUCGUAAGCCGGACAAAGUGGAGCAUUGUGUGAUCUUCUGGAACACUCGCACUGGAGAGAAGCAUGCCAAGUCAGUGAGGAAUCUCAUCACCAUCUCCUCCUGUAAGGACUUCUGUGUGUUGCUCACAAGACUUGAGGAUGAGCCUGGACAACAUGCUCUCCUACUGUGCAAUGCCCUGGGCACUCCUGUCGACACUAAAUACAUCAAAAUGGAGCCCAAGUUUGUGGCCAUCUCUCAUACGCACAUAAUAGCAUCUAGUGAGUGUGCGGUGUAUGUAUGGCACUAUAGGACCACCUCACGUCUGGCCACCUCCAAGUUGACCCACGUGACCUCUCGGAGGGGGGAGGCCGGGGAAGAUGUUGUUAUUCAUGUGGAGAAACAUCCCCUCGUUAAAAACCCUCCCAAGCUGGACUUUAACCUUGCCAAGGACGUAACGGAUGAUCCUAUCUGCGCUGUGUGUGCCACUGACAAGAGGCUGGUCCUGGCUAGAGGGUCUGGUAUUGUGCAAGUGUACACACUGCCCAAGGCAAUGUUGGAGAGUAGACAUGUGGCCAGUUGCAGACCACAGUCCAUCGCACUGAACUCUGACUCAUCUAAGGUGGCUAUCAUUGACAUCCACGGCAUCUUGUGUCUCAUGGACAUCUUGAGGGGAGAUAAACUACCACUGGAGAGGAAGGAAGUGUGGAACCUCAAGUGGUCGGAGGACAACCCUGAUCUGUUUGCCAUCAUGGAGAAGACACGGAUGUAUAUAUUCAGAGGGGUUGAUCCAGAGGAGCCCGUGGUGAGCUCUGGUCAUAUCUGCUCAUUUGAGUCAAUGGAGGUGCGGUCUGUUCUCCUGGACGAGGUUAUGAAGGAUCCUGAGAACCCGGGAGAUGACCUCGUGGUGGACCUAGACAUCAAGUCCCUGCGAGAUACUCGAGACCUCCUCAAGAAAGUGAGUAUUGGAGAUGCCUACCAGUUCAUUGAGGACAACCCUCACCCAAGACUCUGGCGACUGUUGGCGGAGUCCUCGCUGGAGAGUCUUGAACUGGAGAUGGCAGAGAAAGCAUUCGUACGAUGUGGUGAUUAUCAGGGAAUCAAGUUUGUCAAGAGACUCAGGAAAUUAGACUCAGAGGAUAAACAGAAAGCUGAAGUGGCUUCGUUCUUCCACAAGUUUGAGGAGGCUGAGAAAACCUACCUCUACAUGGACCGCAGGGACCUGGCCAUUGAGAUGCGGACUAAGUUAGGAGACUGGUUCAAAGUUGUGCAGCUGCUCAAGACUGGGGAAGUUGGUGAUGACACUCAGCUGAGAGAGGCAUGGAAUGCAAUGGGGGAUUAUUACGCUGAUCGGCAGAAGUGGAAGACUGCUGUGACCUACUACAGUCAGGGAGCUAACCAGAAGAGGUUGGCCCACUGUUACUACCUGUUGGAGGACUACCCUGCUCUGGAGACACUGGCCAGUGGACUGCCAGACAACCACACACUGUUACCAGACCUGGGUGGUAUGUUUGUGACAGUGGGUAUGAGUGAGGUGGCUGUGAGCUGCUUCCUCAAGGCAGGGCAGACCAAGGAGGCCAUCGAUGCAUGUGUGCAACUCAACCAGUGGAGUCGUGCUGUGGAGUUAGCCAAGGCCCAUCAUCAAACUGUAGAUGUGGACUCUCUCAUGGCACAGUACGCCACACACCUCCUCAAGGAUGACAAGAUUCUCAGUGCCAUAGAACUGUAUCGCAAAGCCCAUCGCUUUAUGUCAGGAGCUCAGUUGCUCAUGAAGGUUGCACGAGAGGCCACAGUACAAUCACUCUCUCCUCUCAAGAUCAAGAAGAUCUACGUCCUUGCAGCUCUCCUCAUUGAGGAGCACCACGUGCACACACGGACAACUCAACAGACAGCUAAGAUGAGCUCCAGCGGAGACAGGAAGGGAGAGGUGAUGUCAACGCUACAAGAUUUGCUUGCUGAGGAUUACUCCAGUGUUGCCGAGUCAGCACUCCUGGACAACCCCUGGAGGGGGGCAGAGGCAUAUCACUACUAUCUACUGGCUCAGCAACAGCUCCACUCUGGAAACCCCGAAGACGCACUCGCAACAGCUAUUUGUCUACCUGAGUAUGAGGACAUUCUCCCAGUGGCUGACGUGUACUGUCUCCUGGCUCUGUGCAGUAGCUCUGCCGGGGCAUUUGCUGUCUGCUCUAAAGCGUUCAUCAAGCUGGAGAGUUUGGUGGAGGGAGGGGCAGCCUAUCAGGACCUCGCCAUGGAGCUGUUUGUCAAUCAUCCUCCAAAGGAUUCACGAGAGAAUAUUCUAGAGUGCCCCAGUUGUGGCUCACAGGUCAGAGAAUGGGUGUCGACGUGUCCUAGCUGUGACUCCAAGUUCCCUGUGUGCCUAGCAACGGGUCAACCUCUCCUUGACUACCAGUCAUGGAUGUGCUCCACCUGCAAACACAGGGCCUACUUUAACGAGGUCAAAGGUCGAUCCAACUGUCCCCUAUGCCACACCCCCAUACUCAGCUACACAUAGGAACAAUGAAACAUUACGUCGCAUGAUUUUGAACUUUAAACGUAAACUGUUGGCAUGCAUUUAUCACUUGAUAAUUAUAAACACAAUCAUAAGUCAUAAUAAAUUAUAACAAGCUUCAAAA